AGCUGCAACCUCAAGAUCUUAUGCGAACCCGAAAUACUAUGGCACAUGCGAAGGUCAUCUAUCUUUCUGGCGAGAUUCCUCAAGGGGACCCGGAAGGGGACCAGCGGAUUCUCUUCAGGAAGUUACAUUUGCUAAGCAAGGAAAGGAAUUAUCCUAUCCUUGCAUCAACUCUUGAGGCUAUUACCAGCUCUUUGAAGCAAGAAUGCCGGCAACUAGAGAGAGCUCAGAGAGACCUGGUUCCUACUUUUGAGAGCGUACUUGACUUGACCGACAGCGUUCUUGCUCUCAGGAAGACACCCUUGGGUGGGGCUAUUGAGCGAGUACUUGUGCUAGUCUUCCAGCUGGGUAUCUUUAUCGCCCACCAUGAAGCAAACCCUCUCGAAUACAAAUUCCGAUCAGAAAACACAGUGCUAUUGGGCCGCGGUCCUGGCCUACUCUCUGGAGCAGCUAUCGCACUAUCUCCCACUCCUCUUUUGCUUCCAAUCGUCGCCGCUGAAAUCACCAAAAUCACUUUUCGAUUCGGGCUUAUUGUAGAUCAAGUUUGCCGGUCGUCUGAAGUGUCGCCUGAUGAGAUCAACGCGGAUGGAGCCUGGGUGUACUGCGCCCACGGUGCCGGCCAUAAGGACGCAGAAGAAGCUGUAGCACAGUUCAACGCUAAAAAGGCAUAUCCUCAAGCCAGCAUGGCAACAGUCUUCAACGCCGACGAUCUGUCAGUGAGCAUAGGUGGCCCUCCAUCAACGCUCAAAUGUCUCUUCUCGGAGUCCGAUUUCUUCAAAAAGACAAAAAACGUACCAAUGAGAAAGGUUCAGGGUACGUGGCAUAACGCCAAGACCUACGGUGCGGAGCAUGUCAAAGAGAUCUUCGAAGGCAUUACACUAAGCAGCCAUUUGUGCUUCCCCAUAUUCUCUCCGGUAACCGGACGACCUCUAGAAUCAACAGAGGGUGUUGCGGUACUCACAGAAUUGAUGACGGAAAUUUUGACGCAAAGUAUUCGUUGGGACCAAACUAUUGAUGGCGUCUCCGAUCAUCUGAAACGACUCUCACCGAACGAGUUACAGCUGUGGAGUUUGCAGCCUUCGCACUACAUGGCGAGUGUGCUCGACAGAUGGAGUGCCGAGCUACCUACCGCUUCCAUGUCACACGAGAUCAUGAUGCCAACCGUUAUGGGUCUGAACUUAGGCCAAAGUUCACCACGAGAUGCGAAGUCGGCCAAGAUUGCCGUCGUUGGCAUGGCGUGCAGGUUCCCUGGAGGCGCUAAUGAUACAGAGAAAUUCUGGGAACUACUAGCACAGGGUCGUGAUGUCCAUGCGCCUGUACCACCAGAUCGAUUCGAUGCAGCGAGCCAUGUGGACGCGACAGAACAAAAACCUAAUACAUCCAAGACGCCUUACGGCUGUUUUGUGGACGAUCCAGGACUCUUCGAUGCUUUCUUUUUCGGUAUGUCUCCACGUGAGGCCGAGCAGACCGAUCCCAUGCAGCGCUUGGCUCUAGUGACAGCUUAUGAAGCUCUCGAAAGUUCCGGUUACGUUAAUGGCAGAGGUAUUCACCAACGUCGGGUUGGCACAUUUUACGGAUGCGCCAGCGACGAUUAUCGUGAGGUCAACUCAGGUCAAGACAUUGGGACAUACUUCAUCUCCGGGGGAUGCAGAGCUUUUGGCCCUGGUCGUAUCAAUUACUUCCUGAAAUUCUGGGGGCCAAGCUACAGCAUUGAUACAGCUUGUUCGUCCAGUUUGGCUGCCAUUCAAGCCGCCUGUACCUCCCUUUGGAGUGGCGAUAUUGAUAUGGCCAUCACAGGUGGCAUGAACAUCAUCACCAACUCGGACGUUUAUGCUGGCUUGAGCAGGGGCCAUUUCUUGUCGCCCACCGGAGGGUGCAAAACAUGGGAUGAGGGAGCAGACGGCUACUGUCGUGCCGAUGGUGUCGGCAGUGUCGUUCUCAAACGACUCGAAGACGCUGAAGCUGAUAAUGACAACAUUCUUGCUGUCGUUCUCGCGGCUGGCACUGACCAUUCGGCCGAGGCUGUCUCCAUCACCCACCCCCACGACCUGGCCCAAGCCCAUCUCUACAACCAGAUGGUAAAACGCGCUGGGAUCGAUCCACUCUCCGUGGGCUACGUAGAGUUCCACGGGACGGGCACCGGUGCUGGAGAUCCAACCGAGAUGAGGUCGGUAACAAGUGUCUUUGCUCCAGGACAGCCAAGAAACACCAGUCUACACAUCGGAUCAGUGAAGGCCAACGUUGGACACGGAGAAGCUGCCGCUGGUAUCAUGUCUUUCAUAAAGACUGUGCUAGUGUUUGAUAAGGGCGUAAUCCCUCCACACGUUGGUAUCAAGACCGCGUUGAACCCAGCUCUGCCCAAGGAUCUAGACAAGAGAGGCGUCAUCAUUCCGUUCACAGCCACGCCGUGGGAAAGAAGCAGCGAACAAAAGCGUUUAGCUAUGGUGAACAACUUUGGCGCAGCUGGGGGCAACACGGCAAUGAUACUAGAAGAAGCAACAGCACGCCCCAGAGUUGGCGAGGACUCGCGACCUACUCAUCCAAUCACAAUCUCGGCCAAAACGCCGCACUCUCUUGAACAGAAUCUCAGACGUCUCGUCGCCUACGUCGAAGCACGGCCUAAUCUUUCGAUCGCUGACCUAUCGUACACUCUAUCUGCACGGAAGAUGCAUUACAACUACCGAGUUUCGAUGUUGGUAACUUCUUGCCAGGAGGCUGUGAAGCGCCUCCAUGAGAGUAUCGAAACCACAGCAAGUCAGUUGCCGACCCCUUCCAAGCAACCGACCGUGGCCUUUGCUUUCACGGGACAGGGAACGUUCUACGUCGGCAUCGGUGCCCAGCUAUACAAGGAUUCCAGAUCUUUCCAGCAACACCUAGACCGACUCGACGGUAUUGCUCGACGCCAAAAGUUCCCAUCCUUCUUACCCGUUAUAAAGGGCACCUGCAAUGUCAAAGAUGUACCGACUAUCUCAAUGCAUCUGGCUAUCGUGUGCGUAGAGAUUGCCCUCACAAAACUCUGGGCAUCGUACGGUGUUACUCCAAGUGUCGUUAUAGGACAUAGUCUAGGAGAGUACGCUGCGUUGAAUGCAGCCGGUGUUUUCUCUGACACUGAUACGAUCUUCCUCGUCGGGACGCGUGCGAUGCUACUAGAGACUAUUUGUACGCCUGCUACGCAUGGGAUGUUGUCGGUUCGAGCAUCUUUAGAGGCCAUUCAGACCGCCGCCAACGGAGCCCCAUUCGAAGUAGCCUGCAUCAAUGGUCCACAGGAGACUGUGGUGGGGGGUGCUGUCGCAGAUCUCGAUGCUCUGGCCACUGUUCUCGGGAAAGCGGGCUACAGGACCUUUAAACUGGAUGUGCCCCAUGCGUACCACACAAGUCAGAUGGAGGCCCUACUGGAUGACUUCGUCAAGUUGACGCAAGCUGUUGUGCCCAAGCAUCCAAAGAUCCCUGUUAUUUCACCGCGUUGCUCCCAAGUCCUGACAUCCGACAUCGACGUUGCAUACUUGGCCAAGGCAACGAGGGAGACAGUCGACUAUGUUGGUGGACUUCAUGCUGCCCGCCAAACUGGCGUCAUUGCAGAGUCCAGUGUCUGGGUGGAGGUUGGCCAUCACCCUUGCUGUGUCAGCUUUAUCGCAAAGACGCUGUCGGACACGCGACUGACAUGCCCAACCCUGCAUCGAGACAAAAACAAUUGGACGACAGUCGGCGAGACACUCGUUGCUUUGUACAAUGCUGGUGUAUCCGUAGAUUGGUCGGAAUACCAUUUACCUUUUGAACCGGCGCUUCGACUGGUCGAUACUCCUACAUACGCAUGGAACAACAAAAACUAUUGGAUUCAGUACACAGGAGACUGGAAUCUUACAAAAGGACAGGCACUAUCUGACCCCAGUUUAAGCGCAACCACGAUUCAGACCGUGAAAGGCUUCCGGACGACAAGCAUCCACAAUAUUCGCUCUGAGAGCUAUACUGAGUCUUCAGGACAGCUCUUGGCAGAGUCUGACAUGACCGAUCCAGCGCUCAAGGAUGUUAUCGAAGGACAUGCAAUGAAUGACUAUGGAGUCGCAUCUUCGUUCCUCCAUGCAGACAUGGCUUUCACAGUCGCGAAACGCAUUCUUGAUAAGGGUAUUCCAGCCUCAUCCAACAUUGGCAUCAAUGUUGCGGACUUCGAGUAUCACGAACCCGUUGUCAAACAUUACAACCCAACUGAAGCCCAGCCGAUCGUUGUGAGCGCCGAGGCCGACUUGCAAAAGGGCCAAGCUCAUAUCAAAUGGUACAAUCCAGACAAAGAUUUGUGGUACUGCCAUGCAUCUGUCUUCUAUGAGGACCCUUCAUCAUGGCUGUUGACAUGGUCUCGCUCAGUAGGCCUUGUAACAAGUCGUAUCGCGGACUUAUAUGACCUGGCAGCGAAUGGAAAGGCCGACAAGCUGACCACCAAUCUGGCUUACAGCCUCUUCGGAAAGCUGGUAGGCUACUCGGACAUGUAUCGGACGAUGAAGUCUGUCAUUCUCAAUAGAGAUGAAGCCGUGGCCGAAGUAGAAUUCCCUUCCGAUACCGCUGGCUCGUGGACGGUGCCUCCACACUUCAUCGACGGCUGUGUGUCACUUUCUGGCUUCAUUCUCAACGGAGGCACUCAUUUCGAUAACACCAAAUACUUCUACAUCACCCCGUCUUGGAAGUCGAUGAAGUUUGCGAAGCCGCUCACGCCUGGUGGGCGAUAUUUGGCAUACGUCCGAAUGAUCCCUGCCGGGAAGAAUGACUUUGUUGGCGACGUAUAUAUUCUCCAAAAUGACGAGAUCGUCGGUGUAGUUGAGGCAAUUGUGUUCAAGCAAUGGCCGCGCGUCAUGUUGAGUCGGUUCUUCAGCCCUCCAACAACAAAAGAUAGUGCCCGGGUUGCUGUUCCUCCCCAGAGCGUCGCCCCUCCAUCUUCGAUGAUUUCCGGUGGGAACACGUCCAAGAUGCAUUCGAAUCAGCCUUCACUUUUCAUAGGCGACUCUAAAGUCGUUUCAGGCCUGUUGACACCACCUUCACCUGCACCGAGCAUCGAGACGCAGGAGAUUAAGCAAAAACAACCCACUCUGGUUACGGGAGACUCUGGAUCGACUGACCGUGCGUUCGGAAUCAUAGCGGAGGAACUAGCUGUUGACGUUCGAAUGCUUACUGAUGAUGCGAACGUUGCAGAUUUCGGCCUCGACUCGCUUAUGUCUCUUGUCCUCUCCCAGAGGCUGCGUGAGGAGCUCAAGACGGAGAUUCGCGAUGCUUUCUUCUUAGAGGUUUCUACCUUUGGGGAUUUGAAGAAAAUGCUGGGGUAG